AUGGCGCCCCCAGCCUCCCAGCACAUGCAUCACCACUGCCUCCGUGAGUGCCUGCAGGUGGCCCAGCCCUCUAGGUGGUCUGAGACCACGCCGCCCGCUCCAGGUGCUUCCACUCCCCCAGGGGAAGCUUCAGCUGGCAAAAAGGCGAAGAAGCCUGUGAAGGCUGUAGCAGCCGCCAAGAAAAAACCCGCGGGUCCUUCGGUUUCGGAGCUGAUUGAACAGGCCGUUUCCUCAUCUAAGGAGCGCAGCGGCGUGUCCCUGGCUACUCUCAAAAAGGCUCUGGCAGCUGCCGGCUACGAUGUGGAGAAGAACAACAGCCGCAUCAAGCUGGGCCUUAAGAGCCUGGUGAGCAAAGGCACCCUGGUGCAGACCAAGGGCACCGGCGCCUCCGGCUCUUUCAAGCUCAACAAGAAAGUAGCCUCCAUGGAUGCCAAGCCCAGUGCUGCAAAGGUGACCGCAAAAGCCAAGGUAACCAGCGCUUCUAAGAAGCCCACAACUCCCUGCAGCCUCCAGGGCUUUCCCUUUAAAAGCAGCAUCAUCCACAAGGCAGAAGCAGUUUGUCAUCCUAAGACCUUUGGAAGAAUUGCUUGGAAAACGAACUCUGACGGCUCUGCAGACAACAGGCUGCUGCACUGUUCUCCUCCAUCUCCCUUGCAUUCUUCCAGAACAAAGCCUCAGCAGCUGGAGGGAUAG